AUUCUGAAACUCGACUCAGUCAGUGACACUGCGAAACCAAACGAAAAUGUCGAGAAACGUUAACGGGAACGGUGCUCCGGCGAAAAUCGCCACCAGCUCAGAGAAAGACGACGGCGAACCUCCGUCGAAAAGAGAUUCCAGGAAAACACGAGAAAAUUCCGAUAUAGACACUGAAACCGAUAGAAAGCACAUUAGUUCGAAGAAGAAAUCGCGUGAGAGUUCGGAAUCGGAUUCUGAUAAACGUCGUCGGAGAAAGAGGAAAUCGCGUAGAAAAUACAGCAGUGAAUCCGAUUCGGAAUCGGAUUCCGGUUCGGAUUCGGAGUCAGAGAGCGAUAAAUCCGAGCGGUCUGGUUCGGAGUCGGAGUAUUCGGGUUCGGAGAGUGAAGGAGAGAGGAAGGAGAGGAAAAGGAAGGAGAAGCGAAGGAGGAGAGAGAGGGAGGAAGAGAAGAGGAGGAGGAGAGAGAAAGAGAAGAAGAGGAGGAAGAAGGAGAAAGAAGAAGAAGAGAGAAGGAAGAAAGAGAAACGGAAAAUGAAGAAGAAGGAGAAAAAGGAGAGAGGGAAGAAAGGUGCUGUGACUAAUUUAUGGGGAAAGUAUGGGAUUAUUAGAGAAACUGAUAUGUGGACCAAGCGUCCAGAGUUCACCGCAUGGUUGGCAGAAGUUAAGCUGGUAAAUAUGGAGCAUCUGUCUAAUUGGGAAGAAAAACAGAUGUUCAAAGAAUUUAUGGAGGAUCACAACACAGCUACGUUCCCUUCCAAAAAGUAUUACAGUCUUGAUGCUUACUACAGGCGUCAAAUGGAAAAAGAGAUGAAAAAGGGUUAUAAGAAGAUUCAGCCUAAGGAACGAACAGUUUUCAAUGAUGAAGAACAGCGCAGACAAGAAAUGUUGCAAGCACGUGAAAAACAGAAGGAAGAGCAAGUGAUAGCUUUGAAGCGUGAAAUGGAAAGUGGAAUGGCACAAGCAAUGAAAGAGCAAGCUCAACUCAGGGAGGAGAUGGCUUACCAGUACAAGCUCGGCAACUUUGAGGCUGCUGCUGCAAUCCAGAGAAGGUUGGACCCUGAUGCUGCCGUGUAGACUGUGUAGGACACAACUUAUUGUGGAUAUGAAUUAGGUGAUGAGGUCUCAUGACCAUGUCAUUAUGAUAAACUCAUUUCAUGGAUAUUAUGGUGUCUGGGAUAUAAUAUGCCGUGGAUGGGGUUUUGUCUGUUGCAAUAGAGGAGUAAGAUAUUCCACAUCGACGCCUUUUCUACAGUGUGCUAUCAUUGCUAAUAUAGAUGUGUUGCCUUGUGGUGGAAGUUUUGUCUUUGUAUCUGACCAAGUGAGCAAACAUCUCCAAACUGUUCAGGCUAUACAUGCUAUGAAAAGGCAGCCUUGUCCAUCUUACUUGGACUGAUCGAAAUUGGCUAUGACAUGUAAAACAAUAUUGGUGGUUAAAUUUGUUUGUCUGGCAUGUUUUUUAUUACUGAUCCUUUAUGUGUAAUUUUGAUUUUGAAUGAUGCUUUUGCAUGUCUUUAUGGUUUAGAAAAAAGUGAGGGCUCAGAACAUCCUGCAUACUGUAUUUAAUCUUAUGCCAAAUUAAAAUAUGAGCUUUUUCCUCGAAAA